CUGUGAGUUGCACGCCUGCAGCUCGCCUAAAAAUCAGAUAACCGCAACGGAAAAAUCGUUUAAAAAACAAAGUGCUAUUAAACCAAUCAAAUAAAUAAAGCGAGAAAAAAAUCAAUACGUCGAAAUCUCGUUUUUGGGAAUUUUGAUUCUCGGUUCUUCCGGCUUUGUUUCGAUCGGUAUAAAAGGGAAUCCCGCCUCAAAAUGAUAUUCGGUCGCUGGACGCGUAAACAAAUGCUCACGAUGUUCGGUUUGGGAGCUGCCCUUCUGGGCCUUGUGAUUGUAAUCGGUAUACUCAACAGCAGCGUAUCCUCGAAGGCGCUGGACUCGAAGGAGUCCAGAUCCAAGUGCUACAAGACCAGCCCCAAUACCACACACUCCACCCUGGAAUUGGUGCAUAUAGUGUUCAGACAUGGCAUUCGUACCCCAGUGGACACAUAUCCCAAGGAUCCGUACUUAAAAGACAAUUUCAAGCCAACAGGAUGGGGACAUGUGACCAAUUCUGGAAAACGGGAGCUCUUCGAGAUGGGACGCUGGCUGCAUCGCCGCUACGGGGCAUACAUGGGCCCCUAUUACAGACCAGAACGGCUGCAUGCUCAAGCUACUGCCUCGCCAAGGGCAAUGAUGUCCUUGCAAACAACACUGGCCAGCAUGUUCGAGCCACGCGGAACCCCCAUGGAGUGGAAUAAGCACCUCAACUGGCAGCCCAUUCCUAUCGUAUCGGAACCCUUGGAUGAGGACUCGCUCCUGCUGGUUCGCACACCCUGUCCUCGUUAUUUCGAGGCCCUCGAGGAGGUUUUCAAGAGACCGGAAGUUAUUGCCGAAACAAGGCCCUACGAGCAAAUGUUCCGCGAGUUGACAAAUCUGACUGGGAAGUCGAUUCAGAGUGCGGAGGAUAUCAAUUCCCUAUAUAUAACUCUUCUCGCCGAACAAGAGUUCGGCUAUCAAUUGCCCGCUUGGACCAAAGAUUACUUCCCCGAUCGUAUGCAGUUUCUGGCCGAGCAGAGCUACGUAUAUAAUGCGUAUACGCCCGAAAUGCAGAAGAUCAAAGGUGGGCCCUUCCUCAAAAGAAUGUACAAAGAGAUGGUUGCCAAAAGUACAGCAAGCCUGAAGCCCAGGGAUCGCAGAAUGUUUAUAUAUACUGGGCACGAUUGGACCGUGGGCAACAUCUUAAUGGCCUUGGGUGUGUGGAAGCGUCAAAUGCCCCGGUUCGCCGUGAUGGCCAUUUUUGAAACGCAUAGGGAUAAGGAAACCGGGGAAUACUAUGUGGAGAUCUUCCUCCGCAACGACGAGCACGGCUGUCUGGAGCAGCUUCAGCUGAAAGACUGCGAUCGCCAGUGUCCACUGAGUCGCCUAAUCGAACUGAGUGGCGAUGUCUUGCCCAACGAGCCGGCGGAGCAGAGAUGUCGGCCACAUGACGACAAUUUCGUGGAGCCACCACCGCGCAUAAUCGAUCAGAAUGGCCGUUAACAAAAAGCAAGCUUGCAAAGCGAAAUUUGUGCGCUCAGUAUUACAAAAACGGUCGACGGAGAGUAGUGCAAAAAAUAUUAUUAUAAAAAAACCAGUACAAUAAAAAUCCCCAAAAAGAA